AGUCUGAGGCAGGAGAAUCUCCGUCUGAUGGAGGAAGCGGACGGACUAUUGUUUACGUUUUUCACUGGAAAUCAAGAAUAAGACACACGAAAAUGUCUUCGAUGUAGCGGCGAUCAGCGGGAUCAUUCGAAGCUGAACAUAUUACAAUUUGGUUUUAAUAUUUUUUAUAUUUUGGUGGGGUUUGAGAAGGUUUUAAAGGGUUUUGUGUGUUGAGAAGGCCAGUUUAUGUCACAAAUGAUCAAAUCUGAUUAAAAACCGACAGAGGAGCUUCAGUCACAACAAACUGCUGUAGUACCGGUGGAGGUCAAACCCCAGAGCUGACCACUCUCACUCCGGUGUAUUUGAGUUUUACUUUUUUGAUCGAGGCUUUUCAGUAGGUUUAAGACCAUGUACGCACCCCCGGGAACUGCUCUGCCUGGCAACCGAAGGAGGAGAGGUGGUACGGCUCUACCCAAACAGCCCGAGAGGAGUCUGGCGUCGGCGCUGCCCGGGGCGCUCUCCAUCACGGCUCUCUGUACGGCCCUGGCAGAACCGGCCUGGCUCCGUGUCCAUGGAGGAACCUGUCCCAGACAGGAGAUUGGUGUCGCAGAUGUCCUGGGAUAUAUAGAUGACAAUCUCAUUAAGGAUAACUGUAUAAACUCUCAGUCCAUCCUGCUCUUGCGGGUCAUUGCUGCUUUCUGUUUUUUGGGCAUUCUGUGCAGCCUGACGGCAUUUCUGCUGGAUGUCUUUGGACCCAAACACCCAGCCCUCAAGAUCACACGCAGAUACGCUUUCGCUCACAUCCUCACAGUGCUCCAGUGCGCUACAGUGAUCGGCUUCUGCUACUGGGCCUCGGAACUGAUUCUGUCCCUGCAGCAGCAGCACAAGAAGUACCACGGCUCGCUCAUCUACGUCACUUUCGCCAUCAGCUUCUACCUGGUGGCCGGUGCAGGCGGAGCCUCUAUUUUAGCCACAGCGGCCAACCUGCUCCGUCAUUACCCCACUGAGGAGGAGGAGCAAGCCCUGGAGCUCCUCUCCGAGAUGGAGGAGAGCAGUGAAACAUACCCAGUUGACUACGACAUUACCAACCAAUUCCAGCCUCCACCGGCCUACACACCCUGAUCGCCAUAUUCCCGCGUGUUCGCUGCCCAACGCCACUCCUGUCUUCUUCACGUGCCACCUUUGGCCUUCAGACAAAGAAAUGAUGCUCAGAUUUUAGGUGCCCCAUCAAAAAUGAAUAUAUACUGUAUAUAUAUUCAGUAUUCCAGAUCAUGCAGAAUGCCCAUAUCCAUGCACACAUUUAAAUGAGCGUUUUACUUUCAGCAGACAGAGCUUGCGUGCAUGGAAGAAAUCAAAGAGAGUAAUUAUGGCAUUGCUUGUAGAAUUCCAUUUGAAUUCAUCUUGCAGUAGUUUGCAUGUAUCUGGCAGUAAAAAUCCACACAGGUCUACUUUGAAACAAGUUUUUUUGGCACGCUUUUAUUAUUGAUUGAAGACUUGAAGGAUGCAAAGCAUCUCGGCAUCAUGCUUGUUGAAGAUGCAUUUACUGGAGCCUAAACUGUGCAGAAUUAGUUUCUGUAUAAUCAUCCAAAGGUAUCUUUUUUCUGCCUCAUCGCAGGUUUAUCACAUUUUCCAUUUUCCUCACAGGUUUAUCAUGUUUUCCAAAUGUUGAGCUGCACUUUUGACUUUUGUUCCUGUUUUUCAAGCGGUCAUUUAUAGACACUUUCCUUUGUAAAAAAAUUAAUAAUAAUAAUAAUUUUUUAAAUCAUGCUAGGUAUCAAUGUAUCCUUUUAUUUAUUUGAAUUUAUCAGUAGCCCACAGAUGCUGCCAUAUCUGCACACUUCUGGAUUCACCCCAUCACAUUUUAAAAAAUAAUUUCAAUAGGCUUUUAAUCAGUUAUUGUAAUGUUAUUUUAACGCACAUAUAGCUGCAAAUACCCAAGAUAGAUGGACAAAUUAUUUAUUAUUUAUUAUCUGGUUGACGUAGACUCUCAAAGAAACUAGA